AUGACAAGAUACUAUCCUGUUCUUCGUUAUAAUUUACUUGGAAAAACCUUUGGGAGUGAUGCUAUAUUCAUCCCACAAUCUCUUUAUCAAUCUUUUGCUCAAAACUCUAAGAAUGAACGAAUUUUCGUCACUUUAAAACCUCCUCGUUCAAAUAAAAUCGUCCCUGCUGUUGUUGAAGGUCCAUCUCCUAUUAACGUCAUUUUUAUUUCAGACAAACUUCUUCCUGGAUAUGAUACGCUUAGUGUCCAAUUAGUACAACUCCAAGAAGUUACAUCUAUCAGAUUUGAGGCAAUGAAUAUGGAAUGUUGUUCAUUAAAAAAUAUUAUUGAACCACUUCAGUCUGUGUUAAAGUUUUACUCUACUCUUUAUGUCAAUGAACUUUUAGAAAUUAAUGUUUCUUCUGAAGAGGACAAUUUUCAUACAAUCACAAAAGCUUGUGUUGUGAUUAAACAAUUGCAACCAUCUAACAUGGUUUACAUAUCCCAACUAAUGAAAGAUAUCAAUAUUGAUUAUGAUAAUCCUUUUUUAUCUAAUACCUCUCCUAAACAAAGCUUUAUUGAAAAUGGUAGUGAAGAAGAGGAAGAAGAUACUCAAAAAAGUGAUACAGAGAAUGUGAGUACCAAGGUUCAAACAAAAAAUAUUUUUAGAAACGAAAAAGUAGCUUCUCUCAAUGAUGAAAACCAUAAUGGAAAAAUACAAUGCCUUCUUUGUGGGUUAUGGGUUUCUGAGAAUAAACUCAAAAUUCAUCAGUCUCAAUGUAAAAAAUUAACUACAAAAUGUCCUAUUUGUAGUGCUAUAACUCUGAAAGAUAAACUAAAUGAGCAUGCCAAACUCCACUCCCUUGAAACAUGUCCUCAAUGCCAUAUCAAGUGUGAGUUAUUGUCUAUGGAUCGUCAUAUAAAUGGAAGUUGUGAUAAAAAAGUUAUUGAGUGUGAGAAAUGUGGUUGGGUAAUGUUCCAAUCAGACAAAAAAAGUCAUCAAAGUUGGUGUGAUAAAACAAUUGUUGAUGCAGUAAAUUAUAUUAGAAAUGAAAUUAUAGUCAAACAAUAUGGAGAGCCUUCUCAACACUAUGAACCACCUAAUGACUUUGAUAGUCCACAUUCCAGCAUUUUAAAUUCUGUUUCAAAAAAACCUUUUAUGAAUUACAACUAUUUCUAA